AUGGCCCGCAUCGCCGGCGAAAUAAACGGCCCAGUGGCCAAGCAGCAUGGCUCUUGCGCCGAAAUCUCUGGCGACUUCUGCCCCGAGGGCACGAGCCCACAGAGUAAGCGUGGCUUCGAUUCCACGACGUUCGGAACAGUUUACGCUGGCACUUUUGCCGUAUUCAAGCCGGCAUCCAUGGGCAUCGGUUUUGUGGUCGGUUUUCUGAUUGGUGGUCCUGCGCUCGGAGCGGCCUUUGCCGCGGGAGCCGCCAUCCCUGGGCCAGCUUUCGUGGUGCCCGUGCCGAUUGCGGCCGCUGCCGCCACGGAUUGGUUUCCCAAGUGCCGUUGUUUCCCAAACGAGUGCGUCUUUGACGAGCAUCUUCGAUCGUGUGCCAUGGCAGCGUCCGGAAAGUCGUCGAAUCCCUUCGAGCGUUUACCGUACCCCGGGCAGAAGUGCGUGCCAGCUGGGGAGCCUGGCAAUGAUGGAAUAAUCGUGUGCAAGCUGCAGGCUUGUUCAGCAGAUGACUACGCACCGGCUUGGGAGCAAGUGCCCAUCUUCGGUUCAGUGGGAACGCACCGUGAGGAGACGCGCAACUGCUUGAGUUCCAGUGGCAAUGUGGAAGAUAGUUUGCUGCUAGUGGACAAUUUGCCUGGCGCGAAUGGUGGUACCUUGAACAAUACUGUUGGCAAUCGCACAGCUCUCUACAAGUCCAUGGGAGUACAGCCCCCCAUCACGCAAUCACGUGAGUAA